CAAAUGUUUCAUCGAUGAGAAAAUUAGCUGAACGUCGUCCAAAAUCCAUCUCGCUCCAUAUUUUACCACUGCUGGCCACUGGUGGGCUUCCUCUCAUCACCAUAUUUGAUAGUGAGUGGACCGGAUACUUCACAUUCAUACAUCCGGUGAAAUAUCUGGCUCAUUGUUCUAUCUCUGUGAUGCAGCGGCUAUCUGGAACGAAGCAAAGCAGCCCCCGCUUUUUAGACUAGGAAUCAGCUGGCUAGCUAAUGGCUAUGCUUCAAUCAGAAUGAUAUCGCAGCGGGAACGAGGAGAACUUGCACGUUUUUAUACUGUUACGGACCCCAACAAGCAUAAGAAAGGAUAUACAGUGUACAAAGUCACUGCAAGGAUCAUCUCCAGAAAGAACCCGGAGGACGUCCAAGAGAUCACGGUGUGGAAGAGGUACAGUGAUUUCCGGAAACUUCACCACGACCUCUGGCAGCUCCACAAGAAUCUCUUCAGCCAAUCAGAGCUCUUCCCACCCUUCGCCAAGGCCAAAGUGUUUGGUCGUUUUGAUGAGACAGUGAUUGAGGAGAGGAGGCAGUGCUCAGAGGAUCUGUUACAGUUCUCUGCUAACAUCCCAGCCCUCUACAGCAGCCAGCACAUCCAGGACUUCUUCAAGGGAGGGGAGGUCAGCGACGGCUCAGAGCUUAUUGGACCGGCCGAACCCUUCUUGGACUUCCUGGCUGACAGCCUAUCAGACUGCAGCUCUGAAGUUCAGAGGGAUAUCGGUGGAGCAGAUGAUUUGACCAUUACCAGUCAGUCUGAAUAUGGAGGUCCGUCCAGUGACAGUGACCUGACCUCCCUGGCCGUAGACAUAGACUCUUUGGCAGAGCUGGACGAUGGCAUGGCCUCAGGCCGCAGCUCGCCCAACCAGCCACUGGGAGGCUCCAGCACCAUCACCAGUACCCACAGCAGCCCCUCUCUGCCCCCCCUGUAUGACUACCAGCAGCACCACCAUCAGCAGCACACCUCCAACCCAGCCCCCGGCUCCCCAGCCCCCGAGGUCAGCCGAGCCAGCAGGACAGCGCUGUUCCCCUCCAGUCUGAGGAGAGGUAACGCUAACGCUAGGGAAACCAAGAGAGACUACCUGGACAGGGCUAGCGAACACAUCCGAUUGGCCGUGCAGAAGGAAGCAGAGCAGGACUACCAAUCAGCGUUCUCCUACUACAGGAGCGGGGUGGAUUUGCUUCUGCAAGGGGUGCAAGGCGAGCCCAGCCCUACAAGGCGGGAGGCAGUGAAGAGAAAGACGGCUGAGUAUCUGAUGCGUGCUGAGCAGAUAUCCAAUCAGCAUCUGAGAAGCAGCAUGGGUCAAGGGUCAACACAGACAGUGGCCAUGGGGGCGCAAUGCUCUACAGCUGCCUGCAGAGGGGGUCAGCAGAGUCCAGCCGAGGAGCUCAGGGCCUACAGAGUGCUGGGGGUCAUCGAUAAGGUUCUUCUGGUUAUGGACAAGAGAACCCAGGAGACCUUCAUUUUGAAAGGCCUGAGGAAGAGCAGUGACUGUGGGAGACCCAAGCGGACCAUCAUGCCUCACUCUGUGCCCCACAUGGUGCGGCUGAGGAAGUUCAUCGUCUCAGAGGACACCGUGUUUCUGCUGCUACAGUACGCUGAGGGUGGGAAGCUGUGGUCUCACAUUGGGAAGUUCCUCCGUAACUCCAGCCCGGAGGAGAGCUUCGACAUUCCCUUCAUUCAGAAGAGCCACACCACGGCAGUCCACUCUGCCCAACAUGCUGCUCCCAAACUGGGCUUGGACUCCGACAGCUCUGGGUCUGGGCCAGGAUGUGUGCUCCAGAGGCAAGGGGAGUCUUCUCUUGUCCUCCCCCAGAAGAGUGCUCUGCAUCCUGGGCUGGCUGACAGCCUUGGGCCCCAGCUGGACUCUGUAGUGACCUCUGAGUUAGAGGAGUGCACCAACAGUUAUCUGAAUCUCUGUAAUGAGUACGAGCAAGAAAAGGUAGAACCGGAAGCUCUAGGAGAGGAGGAAGAGAAGGAGGGAGAGGGGGGUGUGUUGAGAGGACAGGAAGCAUCGUCGCUGGAUGUCACCGUCACCACGACGACCACUUCCUCCAGGACUCGCUCACUGCUUAGCAACGACAGCCUCUGCUCUCCAAUCAGCGCCCAGGAGCUGCGUUUCUUCACUGAGACGGCUGGGGACCACAACAACGGCCAUUGCCAGGACAUCGGGCAGGACCACGGCGAGGUGUUCAGCCCCUUGCUCUCCCCCGCCGUUCCUCUCUCGUUGGACCAGUCCAAACGCACCCCCAUGGAGUUCUUCCGCAUCGACAGUAAGGACAGCGCUAGCGAGGUGACGUGGUGUCCUGACUCGGCCGAGCUGAGGCCCAAACCAGACCCUUCCAAGCCCAUCCCCUUCCUGUCCACCUCUGACCUGGGCUCUGAAGUCACAGACCUGUCAGACCUAGUGGAGGAGGUGAAAGGUCACAGAGGUGGGUCUGACCUGUGGGGUCUGGAUGGUAGUGACCAGGGCUCUAAUGAGUCAGUACCAGUCAUCUCCUUUAAAGAGGCGGUGGUGGAGGACGAGGGUCGACCCCCUGACCUCCUGGUCAACCUGCCUGGGGUCAUGGCUGGGGGUGUGGAGGGGGUGGUGGGGGUAUCUGGGGAGGUGGAGGCCCUAGAGAAGGAGCUGGUGUCCUUGGGGGUGUGUCUGGCCCUGGAGGCCAAAGCUUCCCCUAACUUCACCCAGCCGGACGUCCUGCAGCUCCACCACGAGCUUGAGGAGGGGGAGGAGCUGGCUGUGGGGCGGGCCCUCCCCUCGGGGGACAGACACGCCACCUCUUCCUCUCCUUGCGCCUCCUUGUGGGAUGACUGUGGCCUGGCCUUCGGACAAGAUGCUAAAAUUGACAAAAUGGCUUCCGGCGCUCCCGUACUCCCGAAUAAGGACUUCCGCCCAGCCAGCGCUGUGUCUAUAGCCCCGCUCUCUUCCUCCAACACAGACAUUCCAUUCGCUGACUCGCUUAGAUCCCUUCCUGAAAGAUUAGAAGCCAUUUUGAACCUACAGGUACACCCUGACAGUUUGGUUCUGAACCCAGACGGGACGAUAGCUGGCUCCAACCGCGGUCAGGAUGGGACAGGGGCCAGCUCUGGGGCAGAGAGUGCACUAGGCGUUGAGUCCCAGUUCCAGGCCAGUAAGGCUGGUGUGGAGGACAUGGUAGAGUCAGAUAAGGAUGUGUCUCGGCUGUUUGCAGAGCUGGACCAGUUGUCUGCUGUAGCAUCCCAGGCCAGGAUUCCAGAGGAGUUUGUGAGGUGCUGGGCAGUGGACAUGGUCUCUGCCUUGGACUCACUGCAUCAGGAGGGCAUCGUCUGCAAGGACCUCAACCCCAACAACAUCCUCAUCAACAGCAAAGGCCAUGUUGAGCUGACGUAUUUCUGCAGCUGGAGUGACGUGGAGGACUCCUACGACAGGGAGGCCAUCACCAACAUGUACUGUGCACCAGAGGUGGGCGGUAUCAGCGAGGAGACGGCAGCGUGUGAUUGGUGGAGUUUGGGAGCCAUCUUGUUUGAGCUGCUCAUAGGCAAGUCUCUGCUGCAGUGCCACCCAGCUGGUAUCAGUCGCCACACGGCCCUCAACGUCCCUGAGUUUGUAUCUGAGGAGGCCAUGUCUCUACUAGUGCAGCUUCUCCAGUUCAACCCCAUAGAGAGGCUGGGGGCGGGGGUGGCAGGAGCAGAGGACAUCAAGUCACACCCCUUCUUUGGCAGAGUGGACUGGCCCAAAUAAGCCCAGUGCAUUGUGGGACGGUGGAGGUCAGAAAUGAAUGCUGUGGGCGGACCGAUCUGCUGACAGGGUGGGCACACACACACGUACAUCCAGACGUGGCCAGUGUCAAGUGAACUCUUGUUGUGUCAUUUGUUGGGGAGAAAUCAGCUACACACCUACCUUGCACAUGUUACUGACGUCCUCUUUUUCCUCGUGUUAAGCAGGUUAGACUGUUAAGGAGACAUUAUGCAUGUGGUGCAAUAAACUAACUAGUGCUUUUAUGGAAUGGAGGUUCACAAAGUCAAUGAAACGUUUUCUUAUUUCAACAAGACAACCAACUUGAUUUCAAAGGUCUUCUGACAUUUCACAGUCCAAUACGUUCCCCUGUAUUGAUAGGUUGCAUACUGUAAUCCUUAUAUACUGGUAGUCGUUGUGGCCAACGUUGCGGUCUCCGACCCAAAAUUGUAGAUGCCCUCCUCUUAGCCGCAGAGCCAAAAUGUUGCCGUGUUCUUAUGCUAUCUGAGGGACUCAAACAUUACAAGAUCUAUGCGGGCCCCAUGCCAUGAAAUUUUUUAAGUUUUAGAUUCUCCCUGACUGUCUAGUUUUGGUGAUUGUUAGUUCUCUAAGAUUAUAUUUUCUACAUACUUUUAUAUCU